GUGGCAUCAUUUUAAACUAAAAAACGUGUGGAGCUGAUCAAGUUUUGUGUUUUAGGUGGAAGAAUUUUCGGUGCACUUGUAUUUUAUUGAAACCAAAUAUAUAAAAUGACGAAGAGUAAGAAUUCUGACUUAGAGAAGAAUAAUGUGAAAGCAAACGUGCUGGAGAAAAGCAAAAAAAUUAAAAAGGAUAAGAAAAAGGGCUUGGAGGACAAGAAGAAGUUAGAGCAGGCCGUAACUAAAAACAAUGAGAGUCACAUUGCUCCUUCAAACGGAAGUCCUGAUGCAGGUGCUAUUGUUAAAUCUAAGAAGCCAAAGAAAAAUAAGUCCAAACAAAACAAGGCAACAGAUAACGUUUCUCCAAAGGAUGGCGGUGACAAACCCAUAGAACCUAUCGAGAAGAAAAAGGCUAAAAAAUUAGCAAAGAAAUUAAAGAAAAAAGAAAAGAAGGAAGCUAAAAGGGAUGAAGUUGUCAAACAGGCACCAAAAGGAAAAUCAAAACCACAGUUGGAAAAGGGCGAUAAAUCUGAUACUAAAGAAAAAAAGGAACAUGAUCAAAUCAAAGCUGAAUGCACUGUUUUUGUUGGAAAUUUACCAGUGAACACUAAGCGUGUUCAAUUGGUUCGUCUGUUCAAAGAUUAUGGGCCAGUUAAUGGUGUUCGUUUUAGAACAGCGAAUGGAAAAGUACUGUUUAAACAUAAACAUCGAAGAGAGGCAGGUACACUAAGCGCUUGGAUAGUACUUAAGGAUCCCGACACUGUAACACGUGCAUUGGCUUUAAAUGGCACCGUUUUCAAAAAUAAUCACAUACGUGUAACACGUGGAGAUGUAAAGAGUGCAAAUACGGAUUCGAAACGUACGGUUUUUGUCGGUAACCUAAAGUACAGUGCCAAUGAAGAGAAGCUGCGUGAAAUAUUUUCCGCUUGUGGAGACAUUGAUUAUGUGAGAUGUCUAAAUGAUGAUAAAGGUUGUAAAGGUGUAGCCUAUGUUUGUUUCAAAGCGCCAGAAGCCGUAGGAUUGGCGUUGGAACUGAAUGAAACUGUACUAGACGAACGUCCAAUUCACGUUGAACGAUAUUCUGUUAAAAAAUUGGGUGCAAAGAAAACAAAGGAUGUAACAGAAGUAGAGAAUAAAAAGAAACCAGCCGGUGGAAAAACUCAGAAAGACAAAUCCAAAAAAGUUAAAGGAGAUAAUCCAAAAACUAAGCAAGAUGCUGAUACAAACAAAAAAUCAAAGUUUCGCGGUGUCAAAGUCGAUGGUACCCAAGUAAAGAAACAAAAGAAAAAGGUGACAAGUCAAAUGCAGAAAUUAGCCAAGAAGAUUGCGCCUAAGGAAAAAUCUUAAUAUAAUAAUCACAUCGUAGUUUAAAAAAGUACAAACAUAAUUUGUAUUUUAGAGCUAGUAAAAAGUAACACAUGUACAAGUUAUGAAAAUUA